AUGAAACUGGAGGAGAUGAAACUGGAGGAGCUCUUCCUGGAGAAAUACGGCUACUUCAGCGAGCUGGGGGCCGGCACACACAGCCCCGCUGAGUUCUCCAAGGCACUGAGGCAUUUCCAGCGGGUGAGCCAGCUGCCGCCGAGCGGGGUGCUGGAUGCCCCCACGCUCCGUCAGAUGGCUCUGCCGAGGUGCGGCACGGAUGACGGGCACGGCCGCGCUGCCGGGGCGCCGCCCGCCCGGCGCCGCCGCACGCCGCAGCACGGUGGGCGCUGGUACAAGCGGCACCUGACGUACCGGGUGGUGAACUGGCCGUCCUACCUGCCGCAGCACGAGGUGCGCCUGGCCGUGCGAGCCGCCUUCCAGCUCUGGAGCAACGUGUCCUCGCUGCGCUUCGGGGAGACGCGGGGCGGCCCCGCGGACAUCCGCCUCACCUUCUUCCACGGGGACCACAACGACGGGCUCAGCAACGCCUUCGAUGGGCCAGGAGGUGCCCUGGCCCACGCCUUCUUCCCCCGGCGAGGAGAAGCCCACUUCGACAGCGCCGAGCGCUGGUCCCUGCACAGCGGCAAGGGGCGCAACCUCUUCAUCGUGGUGGCCCACGAGGUCGGGCACACGCUGGGGCUGCAGCACUCGCCCGUCAAGAGCGCCCUGAUGUCUCCCUACUACAAGAAGCUCAGCAAGGAUUUCGUCCUCAGCUGGGAUGACAUCUUGGCCAUCCAGAACUUGUACGGAAAGCCCUCCAAGGGCUCGGCUAUCCAGCUCCCAGGAAAGGUCUUCACUCACUUCCAGGACUGGAACAUGGACCUUCACGACAGGGACCACCAGCAGAGGAGCCUCAGCACCUACUACUGCCACUCCUUCUUCGAUGCCAUAACCGCCGAUGGAGAUCACAACCUCUACAUCUUCAAGGGCAGCCACUACUGGGUGGUGUCAGCCAGUGGCAACGCCAGUGACCCGCGGCCACUGCAGCCACGCUGGCCCGGCCUCCCCGCCGGCAUCGACGCCUGCGCCUGGUCCCAGCUCACUGGGAAGUUCUACUUCUUCAAAGGCGGCCGAUGCUGGCGCUACACGGGCUCCGAGCUGGAGGCAGGAUUUCCCCGAAAAUGCAGCGCCCUGGGGCUGCCCCGGCACCCGGACACCGCUCUCUACUUCCAGCAGCUCCGGCGCCUCGUCCUCUUCAAAGGCCCCAAGUACUUCGUGGUGGGCGAGGAGCCGCUGGGCAUGGAGCCCUACUACCCGCGCAGCCUGCGGGACUGGGCAGGGCUGCCCGCGGGCACGGCCGGGGCUGUGCCCCACCGCCACGGCUCCGUCUACUUCUUUCGGGAUGACCAGUACUGGCAAUUUGACCAGGCCAAGCUGAGAGUGGUGGCCAACGGCAAAUGGGCCACGCAGCUGGCCUGGAUGGGCUGCUGGGAUGCCACCAGCGAGCAGGAGACGGUGUGAGCACGGCGCGAUGGGUGAAACGGG